UCUGUCUCCCGGGAAUGUGCUGGCCCUGGUGGAGCGCCUCGGAUGCUGUGUCCAGCUCUGGACACCUCACUACGGACAGACUUUGAGGCGCUGGAGCGUGUCCAGCGAAGGGAGAGGGAGCUGGUGAAGGGUGUGAAGUGCAGUUCCCAUCAGGAGUUGCUCAGGAAAGACCUCAGCAGUCUUUACAACUUCCUGAAAGGAAGUUGUAGCCAGGUGGGGGAUCGGUCCGUUGUCCCAGUUAUCUUGUAACAGGACAAGAGGACGCACCCUCAAGCUGUGCCAGCGGACAUUUAGUUUGGAUAUUGGGAGGAAUUUCCCCAUUGAAGGGGUUUCCAAGCAUUGCAAUGAGCUGCCCAGGUACCUCACCAUCCCUGAAAGUGUUCAAGAAACGACUGGACGUGUCACUUAAUGCCAUGAUCUAGUUGUGAAUUUCAUCAAAGGUUGGACUUGAUGAUCCCAGAGGUCUUUUCCAACCCAAAUGACUCAGUGAACGCAAGACACACCUCGCCUGUCUACUCCUAACACUACCAAAGUCUGCGGGGACACACCCUUUCUUGCCACUUCUCCCUUCAUUUUGUUUGGUGUUUUUUGUAAGCCCUCUUCCCGAAAAUACUUGAGUCGUUUUGUUCUGCUGGAAACCAGAUGGCACAGACAAAGCUUGAAUUGUCCAGAAAGAAUAAGUCACUGUUAGGAAAUUACUGUUGGAAAAUAAUUGCCUAACCCUGCAGGCAGCCCUAGGCACCUGUUGUUCCAGAUGACCAGCUUCUUGAGAAGGGUGUCAUGAUUACUUUUACCUUCGUUCUUUUCUCCUGAGCCGGGGGGAUGUGACCUGGCUCCCGGUGCCGCGUUCCUGCGCUCUGCCCCUGAGGGAAUUGGCGCUGCCGCUGCCUCCCGAGCGCCUUGGGAGCGGCGUCGUGACUGCUGUAAGCCUGUUAGAGCUUGCAGGAACUAUGGGUUUGCCAGGCGAAAUAAAUGGUUAAGAGAAAAUGUUUUUUAAGCCCGAAGAAGGGAACAUAAAAGGUGUGAAAUCUUUGCGUGUGUCGAAUCGUAGAUCUCGCUGUAAAAACAGCUGCUUCCCUUAAGGGGACUGCACGAAUUUCUGUGUUAGUUACUCGAGUUCUGAGCCAUGCGGGUGGGUCAGAGUGCAGCUGGAGAGCGGCAAAGAUCAACAGGGAGUGAGACUGCGGAAAUUUUCUUCCAUUCGGAGUAUUUCUCGACAACUGAAGUUUUAUCCCCUGCUUUUAUUUUGCCAGUUUGACCUGAAUCUAUGAACCAAUGAAGAAAAAUGAAAGGACAGAACAUACCAGCUGUCACGAUUUGUGUAUUUCACAUCAGUGCUACACUUUGGGGUUUUACAGAACAGGAAGAAGUAACAGGACUGUUUUCCAAGGAUUGCAUCCUCCCUUGUCGUUUCCCACCUGGACAUGAUGAAGUAAUUCACUGGAGAAAAGAGAACAAAAAUGUGCACAGUUACUACCAGCAGAAGGAUCAGCUGGGACAACAAGAUCCACAUUACAGACUCAGAACACACCUUUUCCAUGAGAACAUCCCUAGUGGAAAUGCCUCCUUGAAACUUAGUAACCUGACCAUGACUGACGAGGGCUCUUACAGCUGCUACGUGGGAACAGCACAACAUCAAACAGAAGUGGAAGUGCAGCUACGAGUUAAAGCUCCUUCUUCUUAUGCACUGGAAUACCAAAAGACAAACACAGAAAGGAGACUGAAGUGCUAUGCUUUUCUCAGUUAUCCAGCACCAACUAUAUCUUGGAUACAGGGUAGUAUAUCCAUCCAGGAGACAGAUCGGGAGGAAACUAGGAAUGGAGUUCUCUAUUCUCUUAGAAGUGACAAGGACAUUAUAAAUGUGACAGAUACUUACCAAUGUCAUAUUCAUUUGGAUCAUGAAGUGUGGACUGCUGAAUGGAAGAUGCAAGAGCACCUGCCCAAGGUGGAAGGAGAGAGCACCGUAAUUCCUUGUGAACACGGCCUUGACACUGCAAGCACUGACGGUUUCAGUGUUGUCUGGACAUUGCACAGAAAUGCAGUGACCUCAGUCCUGGCCUCCUUCAAUGGCACAUCUCACUCUCACCAGCCUCGAGUCCAGCUUAACGAAAGUGACUUUUCGCUGAGGCUGGAUCAUCUUACUGCAGGCGACAGUGGAGAAUAUCUGUGUAAUAUUUCAACACCUCUCUACACAAAACUUGCUGUGACAACUUUGCAUGUCGAAAAUUCAGGUAACACAGGAAAAAUUGUGCCAGGAGUGCUUUGUGCUGUGGUGGCAGUAGCAGUGACAAUAGCAGUGGUACUUUGCUAUCUCAAGAAGAAAAAGAAGAACGGAAUCAUAUAGACACCUUGACAUACAGGAAGAAAAUUCUGCACACAGAUACUACUGAGACUGGUGAUGAAAAGAACAAAGAGUUCCUCCACCUUCCCCUUUGAGUUACUGUAAGAGCCACAUGGAAAUGUGAUUUUCUGAGCAACAAUAGCAGACAAAUGGGGAGGAAAAAAGUCAAUGGACACUUUGUGAAAAGUCAUGGAGCAGGGCAUCUCACCCCCCACAUGAGCUUAUCUGUUGCUUUUUAACUGGUGAGUUAGCUCAAACCAGACAGAGCUGUCUUGUAGUGAGUUAUUUUGGCACCAUGGGAUUACCGCCUGGAAAGAAAAACUGGAAUUCUGACUGACAGGCACUUGCCUUUACAAACUAUAUAAUUUAUAUCAAAAUAUAUAAUUUAUAUCAAACAUCCUCAUUUUCCUAGAAACGUGGAGUUUUUCCUCAGAGCAGGGACACCUGCUUUCCUCUGGAAGCUGAGUAUUUCUUUUGCUAGUUUUAAUAUAGGUAGCUUGAUAUCAUGUAUUGUUUUAUGUAAUCUACUGGUAGUUCUUUUGUUUUAUACUGUGUCAGAAUUAACUCAGGUUAAGACCUUUUAUGUGUUACCUCCUAUCUUUUCAAUAAAUAACUCAUUUUAUAAAUAGACCUGAUCUGCCAUUCUUAGAAGCUGUGGGCUAGAAUGAUUUCUUAAAUUUAAGCUGUUGCCAAAAAUCUGAGGCUAAGGCAGGGCUUCUGUGAAGCUCCCACUUGUUCUGUGACAGAUCAGCAUGCAAAAUUGGAUGUCCUAAAGGAACAAAGAAGUUUCCAGAGAAGAAGAAAUCCCUAAAUUUUGAGUUUUGGUUGGAUUUUUUCUGGGGUGAGGGAAAGAGAGCUUACUGGUUUUUAUUUCAUUUAGUAUUUAAUUUUAAAGUAAAGACCAUGUUUGCUGUCGACAGUGGCAAGUCCGAGCCCAGCAGAGCGUGCUGGGCUGGCAGCGCUGGGGAGAGCAGAGAAGUGUCCGAGUGGGAGCAGCUGUGGGGAACAGAACAGUGGCAGACUGAGGUGUAAGAAGCUGAAUGCUGCCAAACACAGCCUAGCACAGUGGUCUGGAAAAUGAACCGUGUGACAUGGACGAUCCAGCUUCUGGGUGUUUAUCCGUCAUUGUUCUCCAUUGUCUUGGGCUCAGGGAUAGGAAAUGUGGGAGCCUCCCCCACCUGCUUUUGUCCUGGGGGCCACAUGUUGUGUGGGAAUGGUUGCCACCUUGUCCUAGUCUGGAAAAACACGUGGAGCUGGCAGCACUGGAACAGCUGCCAUCUUGUCUUUGUCCCAGGGGACCACAUGGACAUGACCUAUGGGAAGUGUCUGCCAUCUUGUCUUUGUCCCAGUAGCCAUAUAGAACUAAGUUGAGGUGGUGAACACCUUUGUAUGGGUAAAGCAUCUCUUCUUGUAUACUUUUGUUACUAACAUUGUUGCUCUUUACUUUCAGUAAAUUAUCUCAACCCACA